AUGGAAAAGCCAAGCAUUACACCUGUAGCCCUGGAAAAGCCAAACACUACACCUGUAGCCCUGGAAAAGCCAAACAUUACACCUGUAGCCCUGGAAAAGCCAAGCACUACACCUGUAGCCCUGGAAAAGUCAAACACUACACCUGUAGCCCUGGAAAAGCCAAACAUUACACCUGUAGCCCUGGAAAAGCCAAACACUACACCUGUAGCCCUGGAAAAGCCAAACACUACACCUGUAGCCCUGGAAAAGCCAAACACUACACCUGUAGCCCUGGAAAAGCCAAACACUACACCUGUAGCCAUGGAAAAGCCAAACACUACACCUGUAGCCCUGGAAAAGCCAAACACUACACCUGUAGCCCUGGAAAAGCCAAGCACUACACCUGUAGCCCUGGAAAAGUCAAACACUACACCUGUAGCCCUGGAAAAGCCAAACACUACACCUGUAGCCCUGGAAAAGCCAAACACUACACCUGUAGCCCUGGAAAAGCCAAACACUACACCUGUAGCCCUGGAAAAGCCAAACACUACACCUGUAACCCUGGAAAAGCCAAACACUACACCUGUAGCCCUGGAAAAGCCAAACAUUACACCUGUAGCCCUGGAAAAGCCAAACACUACACCUGUAACCCUGGAAAAGCCAAACACUACACCUGUAGCCCUGGAAAAGCCAAACACUACACCUGUAACCCUGGAAAAGCCAAACACUACACCUGUAGCCCUGGAAAAGCCAAACAUUACACCUGUAGCCCUGGAAAAGCCAGACAAUCCAACUCUCAAGGGCACAGACGAAUAUACAAAUUUCAACUCGAAAAUUUCGACAGAAAUUCACAACAUUCGCGAAAAUACAUUAAGAGAAGUAGGGCGUAAUUGGAAGGACUCAGAGGGUCAGUAA